UGACAGGCGGGCGACGAGGCCUGUGUAGUAAAAAGCGUAAUGCGCAGGCGCCCCGUGUAAGCGCGAACCGAAGACCUAAAUAAUAGCCUCCAGGGUGAGCAGGAAGUGAAGAUUGUUGUGGAAAAGUGUCUGAAAGAGAUUUGUAUUGCAAAGAGAUGUUCAGUUUAUUCAGAAAAAGCCAGGAUACCAAAAAGGUAGUGGUGACUGACAAAGAAGUAGAUGGAUUUGUUUUUCUGGGUAAUACAAUUAAUGAAGAAAGAAAUAAUGCUGAAAAUAAACCUCCACUAUGUGUGAUGGGAGCUCAGCUUGAUCCUACUUCACAGGCAAAUUUAGAAAACCAAUCAAAGUUGACUGAAGCAGACAUUGAACUGGAGGCAAAGAAAAGUCAAAAUAUGGAAAGCAGUUCUGUGUUGGAAUUUCCAAGUGAUGUACCUUUUGCUCUUGCACCGCAUAUUUUGGCAGUACAGAAUACCUGUAAUGAUUUCUCAAGACAAUUGAUCUCCUGUGAUCUUAAUGACAAUUUAGCACGAUUUUGGUAUGAUUUUACACUUGAAAAUUCAGUACUAUGUGAGUCUUAAACUUGGGUUACUUAGUAUAAAAUAUACCUAAAUCAUUUGAAGCAAAUUAUGCUAGUACCGUCUGUUAUGUAAAUCAGUUGUUUGUAUCUACCACUAGUCUGACAGACCAUUACCAUUUUAAGAUGGUAAUGGUCUGUUAGAACAGCUAAGCUGUAAGAACAGCUAAGCCAGGGGUCUGCAAUCUUAAACACUUCAAGAGCCAUUUGGACCUGUUUUCCACAGAAAAGAAAACACCAGGAGCCACAAAACCCUUCUCGUGCCUAACUAUUUCUUAAGCGGCCACAAAAUUAGCAUAUGUAGUUGAAUUAAACCUUCUGUCUGAAACUUUUAUUUUCUUGGAUUUAUCCAUGGUUUGGCCUACCAGAGGUUGAAAAGCUCGAUAAAUUGCAUGCCUGCGGGUGUCGUACAUUGGCACAUUGUGACACAUAUUUUGAGUGACAGGGAGCUGCAGCAGAGGGGUGAAAGAGCCACAUGUGGCUCCAAAGCCGCAGGUUGCUGACUCCUGAGCUAAGCCAAACAUUACAACUCAAUUUCAGUAAAUAGGUUAUAAUCUGUACUCAGAAAAUAAUCAUAGAAACUUCCAGAUAUUGAUAUUAACUUAGUCUUUGCUGAAUCAUAGGAAAAUAAAUGUUAUAUUAUAAUUUACAAAUAAUCAACUUAUACUAUGAUAUUAAUAAAUUAGUUAAUUUUAAUAUAUUACCUUUUGUUGAGGAAAUCACAACAAAAUUUUAAAAUUUAAAUUUAUACAUCAGUGCAGAAUGAAUUGAUAUCAAAUAUAUGAGGUUGGCUUUGGAGUUUGAUUCAUAUUUCUUGAAGCUGUAGUUUUUGGUUAGCUAUUUGUAUUCUGUAUUCUAGAAUUCUAUGUUCAGUUUUUGUAUUGCAAGUUUUUGUUGUAACUACUAGUUGGGAUAUAUUAAUAUACUAUACAUUAUGUCAGUCUGUCCGUCUGUGUACAUAUGAUGGGUGCCUAGGUGUAUAUGCAGAUGAGCACAUAAUAUACAUAUGCAUGUUUAUAAAUUUAUUUACACCAGUAAAAUAACAAUGAAUAUUUAAAAUAAUCAGUAUAGCUUUUCAUGAAAUACUGUAUGCUACCCUUCUCGAUCUUCAUCUCCUUCUGUUAUCUUAUUUUCUUCAUUGCGUUAAAAGCAAUGAAGAAAAAUAUACAAGACGUAAAAGGUAGAUAAUAUUGUGUAAAAUAUAAUCAUAUUUUAAAUAACAAAUUAAGUCUUAAGCAGAAUCAUAUUGUCCAGUAUUUCUAUUGUAUGAUAAAGAAGCUAAGAAUGUAAACAUUUUUUCAAGCUAGCCUUUAGUAUCAGGUAUAUAAUAUUCUUUCCAAGCAGGCAUAUGAAUCUUUCUGCAAUAAUCCAGGCUUUAUAGCCCAAUAUUCUUCACUAAUAGACAGAUUCAAUUUUUUAGAAUAUAAUUUAACAACACAUUGAAAUUGUAAAUCCUUUUUGCUAAAUCAUAUUUACGAAGAUAAGACUUUUCUACCUGUAUGGGACAUGGCUAAAUCACUCAUAUCAUAAAUUUGUUGUAUUCCUGAUAUUAAAAAAAUAGACACUCUUUAAAUAUUUAUUU